ACCCUUGAAAAUCCUUCUACCAAAAUCAUUCCGAUCUGCACCAUCUAAUCCCUGUUUUGGAUGACCCCCUGAUUCCUAAACCAUCCCCUUGUCCUCUUUUGUUUAGUACAAAUGGGAGGAGGCCGACCCUGCAUGCAUGGCACUCUUGUGCUAUGUCGCUCCCUCUCUAUCUUCUAUUAUAUUUCCUCCCCACCACUACCUUGACCACUCACAACAGCACUCUCUCUCCCUAGUCUACAUGCUUCAAUAUCGUCCUUGGUUGUUUGCUCUUGGCCGGAGAUAAGGGGAGAGAAAGACCACGCCAUGCACGGGGUAAGAACUGGCGAACCUCUUGCUGCCUCGCCCUCCCUCUCCCUCCCUCUCUUCCUUCCUGCCAAGCCAAUGAGAGCCAUGCACACUUCUGUCCCCCACGCAACGCAGACCAGCUAGCCCUUGUGAUCACUUUAGCCUUGCUCUUUUGUUUGACAUAGGAGAAGGAAGCCGAGCCAUGCAUUGGCAUCCAAUGACCCGUAGAAUCGUUGCACCUCCCGUCCCUCUCUCUCUCCAUCCAACCCAUGCCAGCACCCUCCCUGUCACACGCACGAUCUGUGCCGCGCCACUCCUUGCCCGGAAGCCUCCUAGCCCAGGCCUGCAAGCUCUCUCUCGCAGCCGUGAACUGCCGCCACCCGAACGCACCCUCUUGGCGUCGAGCACUCCAUGGCAGAAACAACCUCGCCAUCCAUCCCCCACCCUCUCUCCUGGUAAAAGGCUGUGCGCCACGAUGGAGGAGUGCUCUACUACCACCCUAGACUUGCUAGCUAACCCCGACUAGCCCUGCCUCGCUCGUGAGCGUCCGCGUCGUCUGCAGUACUUUUGUCGAGCAGCAGCAGUGCGACAUGACGCGUCGUCGACCUCCCUCCAAGCAGACCGAGCCUUCCCCGACCUGUCCUCUCGCCUCAGGGCUCCCCUCGUCCCUCUUAACUCUCUGGGCAGCCCCAGCUCCCCUUCUUGUCCCCUUCCUGCUCACCUGCUGGGUUUGCUCGCCGCCCUUGAUCGCCAACUCACGGACGCCACGUCAAGGCCGAGCCCGGGGCUCGUCCUGGCCUAAAAGCCUCCGGCCUCCCCACCCCUUUGCACACCCCCACUCACUCCCUCUCAUCCUCCCCCAUACCCAGGCAGAACCCCUGCACUCCCGUCCCCGUUCCUCAUCGCCUCCAUACCGGGAGCACCGGAUGACGGAGCAACGAAACAACCGAGAUGGAGCUCGUCUCCGAUUUCUCCUCUCCAUCUCCCUGCCUCUCUUGCUUCCUCGAUCUUGUGCUCAUCCGAAAUUGUCCCCGUUCGUGUCCAGGAACGUUCGUGGAGGCCGGCGUCGUCGAGUUCAUCCGCCGCACCGUCAACCAGGUCGCUGUCCACGUCGACGUCCAGGACUCGUCGGCAUACGCGCGUCGAGCCUCUGCGCGCGGCCCUGACCUCUGCGACCUCCCUGUACCGCCGCAGUCGCCGCGACCUCCGCCGAUAGUCGCCCGCGUCGUCGACCUGGCGCGCGUCGGCGCGUCCCUCUCCACUGAGGUGACCUUCGCCGCGCCGCCCCUGUGCCUUCACCGUCGACCCGCGAAUGCGAGUAUUAUCGGAGAAGAAGGAGAGGAUCUUGGUGAUGAUUUCGAAGAGGAAAGAAGAGCAGAGGAUCGUGAAGAAGUCCAUGGACAAAUAGCCAACCAAGGCAAACCACCUCUUGAUGCAUGUCUCAUCCUAAUUAUCUUACUCUUGCAUUAUCACAGGUUUUGUUAAAUUGCAUGUCUUUUAUUUAUUUAUGUGAGUGGUUCCGCCACUCGAAGUUUUAUUAUUCCACCCUUCUGGGUACAGCCCUCGUGUUACCUACUGAUCACACACUUACUAGUGAGGUGGUGCUUAGCACCUAAUCAUCCUUGUCGCCGCUUUUCAAAGAAAAGUCAGACUAUAGGUCGGGAGCCCUCUUUAAAAAGGUUUGUGAAAAUGUUUUCAAGAAAGAAGUGUUUCGAAAACCUUGGAAUGGGGUAGCCCUGCCCAAGUGUGGGUUUUUGAAAAGGAAAAGGUUUUUGUGAAGAAAAGUUGCUGGAGGCAAGUGGAGACAAUUGUUUUCGAAAAACUUUGGUGACUGAGUACCUAACCGGACCUAGCCAGUACAACCACAUUACCCUUACGUGGGACGGGGCGUAGCGUAGUAGUUUGUCUCGCCUUAGUUUGAGUCCUGCAAGUGUAGUGGCAGUCCGACCAUGGACGCUUCGACCGGGGUUCUUCCCAUGAGAAGGGACGCAACCUAUUUGCCUGUUUAGGUACGCGGGGUACAACUUAUGAGCUCCCAUUGAAAUAUGCCUAAGUGGUUGGAUGGAAUUCCGGAGGGUCGAGUGUGCUGGGGACCUUGCUACUCCUGGAUAGCCCUCGGACUCUGGUGUUGGGAGGUACAACUCAUUCGGCAUGUCUUAGGCUAAGGCGAGCAGGCGAAAAACUACGAUCGGGUACUUGUCGUGGCAUAUGUUAUUAUGCAGGGAUGAUGCCCACACGAUGAGUAUUCGGAUCUUGUGGGGAAAGUGUACAACCUCUGCAGAGUGUAAAACUAUUCGAAUAGCCGUGUCCACGGUUAUGGACAUGGAAAAGGCUGUUGCUCGGCAUUGAAGGAGUUUUGUUUUACAAAAGGGUUUUCUCAGAUAUAGUUUUGGGAAAGUGAUGCCAGUGGGACUGGUGGAAAAUGUACCUGGGAGGUACGGUGGAAAGCUGGAAUGUUUGUGUGGCCAUAUGAGAUGGCCGGAAAUAAAAUUGGGUCACCCUUACCUAUUAGUCUGCAAACAAAAUGGUUUACAAAAAGGUUUUUUUUAUUUUAAAAAAAGAUAUAGAGAUGUCAUACUCUCGAGAGGAACCACCUCUCGCUCCUUGUCGCCCUAGUUCAGUGCCUGAUCCUUGCUACUGCCAAAUAUGCAUAUCAUUUACUUCUCUGUAAGGUGGUUUGCGAGUACAAUUCAUAAUGUACUCAUGGCUUUGUCCCUGGCUAUUUACUUGGCCAAACUUGGUGAAAUCCGACAGAUGAAGAAGGAGUCUACGGCGUCUAUGCGAGCUAGGAACGUCUUCCCAGUCAGUUGCCUGUAGGGUUAUGGCAUGACUUGGGCCAUGUGAACGCUUUCGUGUGAAGUAUUUCCGCUGUGUGAUUGUUGAUCUCCUGCCAUUGCGGCUCUUAUGUAAGUAUUGGUCAUGUGACCUCUUGUAAUCUUUUUAUUCGGUAUUGUAAUGGAUGAUGUAUUUGAUACCAGUUCAAUUAUGCUUUCACGACACACUGAUCAUGGGAUCGUGAAUGUGUAUGCAUAAUGGGUGUUUCAGACAGCUAGUCCGGGGCCCCACAGUGCCCACGUCAGUGGGGCCACCAUGGCCACCGCCCCAUGCACCCCACCCCCUAGGGUUAGGGUUUGGGGCGGCCGACUGAUGCAUGUAAAAUGCAUACAUGAACUUUGUCCUUUAUCAUAUUGAAUUACCAUAUAUUUGCAAAAUAUAUGAUGAUAAUACCUUUUACAUUGAUAUAUGGGGAUUUACCAAUGAUCCUCUUUAUUUGGUUUAUAACCCUGUAGAACAGGAAAAUCCUGUUUCGCGUAUUUUUCACUUUCAGGGACCUAUAAGGAGUCAAAUUGACCUGAGAUUUAUAGAGCAUCAUUUUUUCACCGGGAGGAACAUAAUGGAAUUUUGGAGCACACCUGGAGAGGCCCGAGGAGCGAACGAGGCCAGGUGGCGCGACCCAACUUCCUGGCCGCGCCACCCACCUCUGUUCGCAACGCGAUUGCCCUGAUUCUUUCGCCCACCUUCUCCAACGUCUUCAUCAUCAUCACCAUGAUCAAGAGGUAGUAGUCCACCUCUGGGCUACGAGUUUGUGACAGUAGCUUGAUCUAUUCCUCUCAUGUUCUUCAAAGUACUUAGUGCCAUAUGAGUUGCCUACCAUGAAUAUGGCUAUAUUUGUAAUACCUAUGUGGUGGCUCCUUGUUCUACGAUAUUGUUAUACGAGAUAUGAUCUUAUUAUAUUUGUGAGAUGUAUUGAUAGAUGCAUAUUAUGUA